AUGUCGUCCAAAACAAAGAAGAAGGCAGCUGGAGCUGACCUGAAAAGUCAAACAGAUAAUGGAGCCUCUGCCGCUCCAAAAAAGGUCAAGAUUCCGAAAGCAUUCAUUGCAAGACCAUCUGAGACUAAGAAGCAGACGACGGUGUAUUUGCAACCGCAGAUUGCAGAUGCUAUGGAGCUUACAAAGGGCCAGUUUGUCGUCGUUUCAAAGGAAAGUGGACCUGGAGUUGUUGCACUUUUAGAUAUUGAUGACUCUGAAGAUUCCAAUGUGUUGAGAAUCCCUCAAGCCCUUAGGCACCUUGGUGGGAUACUCUUAGGAGACCGGUUGCAAAUCUCUGGCAAAGGCAAACAGCCCACAUAUGCUAAAGAGGUGGAAGUCAAAAUAGAAAAUCUCGAGGACUGGGAAGGUCUUAAUACUCGUGCCAAAAAGGCUUUCACGGAUGCUGGCGUUCUUCAACCAGGGUUGGAAUUGUCAGUACAGGGUACCCCUGUCACUAUUACAAGGAUUACUGAUGCAAGCCUGUCCUUGGAAUCAGUAACAGCUAAACUCUCCGAGAUAUCUUUGGAGUCUUCGGCAGACUUGGCAUUGGUGUCGCCUGCCUUCCUUUUCCAUACCAGCACAACCGUGAAGGCCUCCACGCAAGAUGUCGAUUUUGCUUCAUACCCAAGAAUACCUCGCCCAAGUUCACUUGAACAUGUUGGUGGAUUGGAUAAGCCAAUUUCCCUCCUUCGCUCGACUGUCAACUUGCCUCUCCAUCAUCCUACGCUUUUCUCGGACUUUGGCAUAUCACCUCCAAGAGGCAUUCUUCUACAUGGUCCACCUGGAACAGGUAAAACAAUGCUAUUACGUUGUGUGGCUCAUGAAUCGGGUGCUCAUGUUCUUAUGAUCAAUGGUCCUUCUGUUGUCUCUAAGUAUUUGGGAGAAACUGAGAAUGCCAUUCGGGACCUUUUUGCUGAAGCAGUGAAGUACCAGCCUUCGAUCAUCAUUAUGGAUGAGAUAGACUCGCUUGCGCCUAAGAGAGGUUCAGACGAUGCCGGUGAGACAGAAUCAAGGGUUGUUGCUACGUUGCUUACUAUGAUGGAUGGCAUGGGUGAUUCGGGAAGAGUCGUGGUUGUUGGUGCGACGAACAGGCCAAAUCUGAUUGAUCCGGCUCUUCGAAGACCGGGACGUUUUGAUCAAGAAGUUGAAAUUGGCAUUCCUGACGUAGAGGCUAGAGCUGACAUACUUGCUAAACAGCUCACGCGAAUGAAGAGUGAAAAGUGCAACCUUCUGAAUGACGAUAUCAAAGAGGUGGCACUGAAGACCCACGGAUAUGUGGGAGCAGAUUUGGCAGCCUUGUGUCGUGAAGGUGUAAUGAAGACUAUUGCAAGAGGGCUUUCUGGGAAGUCUUCUCCUGUUCAUAUCGGCACUAUUGCUUCUCUCGACCUAUCGAAUAUUGAUCACAUCGAUCCAGACGUCAAAGUGGAAAAGGCUGAUCUAGAAGCGGCUUUAUUGGACGUCAGGCCUUCAGCUAUGCGAGAAAUCUUCUUAGAAAUGCCAAAGGUAUCUUGGGACGAUAUUGGAGGUCAACAUGAACUUAAACAAAAGCUCACUGAGGUUGUACAACUUCCUCUUGAAGCAAGCGAAACGUUUGCCAGUUUGGGUAUUUCGGCACCUAAGGGAGUUCUUCUUUACGGUCCGCCAGGCUGUUCCAAAACCCUUACUGCUAAAGCUUUGGCUUCAGAGUCCGGUCUUAAUUUUUUGGCUGUUAAGGGACCCGAGAUCUUCAACAAAUAUGUCGGUGAGAGUGAAAGGACGAUAAGAGAGAUUUUUAGGAAAGCUCGUGCAGCUGCGCCAUCUAUCAUCUUCUUUGAUGAAAUCGAUGCACUUGCUUCAUCCAGAGAAGAAGCUCUGACACUGGCUGCUCAGCAUGUUCUUACCUCUUUACUUAAUGAGAUCGACGGUGUUGAAGAACUCAACGGAGUGGUCAUUGUGGCUGCCACUAACAGGCCUACAGAAAUAGAUGCUGCUCUUUUGAGACCAGGCCGUUUGGAUAGACAUAUUUACGUUGCCCCUCCAGAUCAUGAAGCUAGACUUCAUAUAUUGAACCGCAAAUGCAGCAGAUUUGAUGUUGAAAAUGCAUCUGAGCUUUUUGAGAGGUUAUCUCAGGCAACCGAGGGAUGCUCUGGUGCUGAAGUUGCUCUCCUUUGUCAGGAGGCUGGCCUCGCUGCUAUUAUGGAAGAUAAAACUACAAGGAAAGUCGAGGAACGUCACUUUGAUCAUGCUUUAAAAUCUAUUUCAAAGGGCAUCACUCCUGAUAUGCUUGAAUAUUAUAGAGAGUUCUCCCACCGCAGUGGACUUACUAUGUGA